AUGGAUAAUUCUACUUCAGCAAUGUUAAUGGAUCCUGUAACAGAUUAUUUGUAUCCAGCUUUAUUUCAGUGUUUCACUAUCAUUGUGUGUGGAUAUCUCGCUGGAAGACUAAAUAUUGUAUCAAAAUUGGAGUCAAAGGGUAUUGCUACAUUUGUAGGCACAUUUGCUCUGCCUUCUUUAAUAUUUUUAUCCCUUGCUCGUUUGGACUUUAGUACAGUGAAUUGGAAGUUUCUCAUAGCAAUUUUGCUAGCAAAGGGGCUAGUAUUUUUUGGGGUUCUUAUAGUGUGCAUACUAGUAUCUAAACCAGUGAAUUUGGCACGAGCUGGAAUAUUUGCAAUUUUUUGUACACAGAGUAAUGAUUUUGCUUUGGGAUAUCCAAUCAUAAAUGCAAUUUAUGAGAAAACACAUCCUGAAUAUGCUCUUUAUUUGUAUUUGAUGGCUCCAAUUUCACUGGCUAUAUUAAAUCCUAUAGCUUUUGUGUUAAUGGAAAUAAAUAAACAAAAAGAAAUAGAGAUGUCAGCAUCAGACUCCAGUCAGAGGAAAAAUAUAAGUAAAUGGAAAAUGCUUUACCAAAUAUUUCGAGGUGUUAUAUUAAAUCCAGUGUUGAUAAUGACUAUUCUGGGUAUUAUUGGAAACAUAGUAUUUAAACAUAAACUUUCCAUCUAUAUUGAAGGAUUAUUAGAUGUAUUUGGGCAAUCCUUCUCAGCCUCAGCUCUGUUUCUCUUGGGUCUUCGGAUGGUUGGUCAAAUCACACGGUUAAGAGGCCCUGCACUUGUCUUGCCCUGUGUGUUAAUAAUGGUCAAAUUGAUAGUACUUCCAGUGGUAAUGCGUGAAUGUGUAAGUGGUUUAGAUGCAGGUGUUAAUGUGACAGACACACAGUCUCUCUCGACUUAUGCAUUUUUAUAUGGAACAAUACCAACUGCACCAGCAGUCUUUGUCUUCUCUAACUUGUAUCAACUGGAAAUUGAUUUGGUAGCGUCAUCUAUGGUGAUAUGUACGUUUUUAUCCGCCCCAAUGACAUUCUUGUCUGCUGAAGUGAUAACGAUGAACAAUGAUUAUGCAGAUAAAAUAAGAGCGUUCCGAUUUGAUAUAUCCAUAGUAGCUUUGAUAGCUGCUGUUUGGGUGUUAAUUGUCUUUUCUGUAACAAGGAAGUACAAAAGGAUGCCGCAUAGAUUGACACUUUGCUUGAAUUUAUCACAGAUAUUAUUGGCUAUAAGUAUAAUAUGGGGCGGGACAGAGAAAACUUAUACACCCACCUGGAGUACGAUAACUCAGCAAUCGUUGCAGAUGUUCAGUAUUUAUUCCUGCCUCCUUUGGACGUCUAUGCUCUCGGUGGGACUGUUUAUGUUGGAGAGCCGUGGCCCAUGUUUCGUGGUCACCCUUUGGCCCGUACUGGCGUUCGUGGCGUGGGGCGCUCCCGCAGUCAUGGUAACCGCUCUGCUGAUCACCAAGCAGACUGGGACUAGCAUCAAUGCUGAUGCGUGUGACGCUAUUCGGCUAAGCGUCCUCUUCUUUUGUAUUACGGUGUCAACAGGCUGUUUAAUCUUGUACGUGAGGUUCCGACGCCGUAGCGCUCAGUUCUCGAGUCUCACUGAUUCCCCUACCAUCUCGCCGCCGGAUGAAUCAACCAGCUUGGUGGAAAACGCUGAACCGAUUUCCAAUACGCAAUCCAUAUCCAAUAAUAGGUGUUACGGUACUAUUACGGCGACUCCAUCUCCAAACAAAAAUUUGACAUGUUGCAAUAAUGACCCUAACUGUGAGAGUGGGAAUCUAAAUGAGGGUCAGGAUAUUGAAGAUAUCGCUAAUAAUAGCAAGGAAUGCGCGUGCCCGGCAUCCCAAAAAGGUCGUUGUAUUACCUCAGAAACCUGUCAAUACUUGAACGACCUGGAUCAGGCUGCCAGCGCCUUAGGCCUCGUGCCACCAGAACAGUCAAGAGGAAGAGGUGGGCAGUUAUUAAAACACACUGUUCUACUCAUCGCUUAUAACCUUACUAUGUUUAUUGGCGUAACAUUUACAACGUGGCGAGUACUGCGUAAGGAUGAGGCGGGAGUGUUCAUAGAGAUACAGUUCCUGGACACGGCAGCUGUGUAUGGGCAAGCUCUGGUUAUGUUUGCCCUUUUUGGCCUUGACCCAGAAGAAAUAUUUAUACCAGCUGUUCGGUACUUCAAGAAGAAGUGGCACGGAGCAGACACUGUGGUGCUGCCCUCAAUAGAGGAAUUAAGUUUUGAAACUAAACACGUGUGCGAUCAGUUUAUUACGCAUCACCUUGAACGCUGUAAGGAAGCCAUCGCCAAGGAUACACGGUGGCGCAUGCGCACCUACCAUGGAGUAUUUCGCGGGUCAUGCCUAGUUCGUUGGUUAGUCUCCACUGGACUGGCAGCCGAUGAACACGCCGCUAUUGUUUACGGACGACAUUUACUAGAUGGAAGACUUAUAUCACAUAUUAAUAAGGCUCAUCAUUUCACAAAUUCACCAUUGCUCUAUACAUUUGCAUAG